CGCCCCCGGAGCCCAACCUCGCGUGCCGGGGCGGAGCGAGAGCGCCUCACGGGAGGCCAGAAUCCAAGCCCCGCUCGCAGGGCGCACCAGCAGGGUGUCUACCCGAGGCAGGGGGUGCACAGAUCAGCAUGGAGCCUUCUGGGUGUUCCGUUUCAAGCCGUAGCUCAAGUCACCUCUUUCUGGUGCUGCAGCGCAGUUACCCUGGCCGCUUACCUGCUCUGCCCUGGUCACCUGUAAGCAUGGGCCACCUGUUGGAUGCCAGACGUCCUGCAGGCAGGAGCAUCUGCUCCAUGGUACUGGCACAGCAUAGUGCAGUACAGACUCAGAGUAGACCGGGGAUGGGCAAAAUACAGCCCAUGGGCAGGAUUCGGUGGCCAAUGGAUCCUGUCCAGCUGCGGCAGGUCCCUUGGCCCUGCCUGGCCCAGGUGCAUGUAGCCAGUCCCAUAGCCCCCAGGCGCACAGUGGGACAGGGCAGGGGUGGCAUGCUGGUGUUGGCUUCCCAGCAGCCCCUGCAGGAGCAGCUUACUCCCUGGAUGCCAUUGGCAGUGUCUCUGUUGCCUCUACCAGAUUUGGCCCCAUUGUCCAGACAUCCCAACCUGUCUGUCCCACACCUACCCCUGGGGGUACCGGAUCGAACAGGUGGGUGGGGUCUCCAUGGGGACUGGCCUGGGACCCUUGCGGGCAGGGCAUGCUCCACUGGGUGUAUGGGAUGCAGAUGGGGAGGAGUGUCUGGGAGCCGGGCCUGGGGUUGGGAUUGCAGGGCAGUGACAGCCCAGGCCUGGGGCAGAACUGUGAUGAUCUCUCCCCACAGAUGAUCUCUCCCAUCACAGGGUUGUGUAGGGAGUGGAUCAUGGCUCUGCCUUGGACUUUGACUCUGCACUAUCACCGCCCCGCGAUCCCAGCCCUGCCCACCUGGCCCACUCCUGGACAUUGCUCCCUGCCUGCCCUCAGCCCCAUCCCAUCUGCCUGACUGAGAGCAUCUUGUCCACAGAAGUCCUGGGCCAGUUUCCAUGGAGACCCUUCCCUAGUGCUCCUAGCAGUGGGUGCAGGGUGGAUGGACCUAGUACAAAAUAAGAUCAGUUGCCCCCUCUGCUGCAUCAGGCCAGGUCAGCAUCUCUUCCCACCCCCCCACCCCCUGCAUAGCCCAUAACAACUCACCAAAACUCUUUUAGUGGUCUUCCAGACCAAAUAAUUGCCCCCCACCCUGUAGUAGAGCUUGCCACCAUGUUGGGCAAGGCUUUUUAUUCCUCACCUGGCUUGUUCUUGUUGCAUGCUGCUCUUUCCUGUCCCUUGUUUGGCUCCUAUGAAAAGUGAAGAGAGGGCUUGUACCUCCUGCCAGUUGUGCCAGAAAUGAAUGAAAGUCGAAGGUGUAAGUCCCUGAAUCUGAGGCUGGGGGGGUCUAUAGAGUGAUUUUAUGUUUGCCCCUGGCCCUUCUGAAAGGAUCUUCUUUGUCUCAAGCAACUCUGUUCAUAGACUGGGAACAAGGUGUACCUUGAAGCAUUAUCAGAAGGCACAUGUACAGAUAUAUAUGUCUGGUAAAACAGUCUGAGGCAUGACAAAAACAUACCUGGAAGGUGUGCGCAUGUAUGGACGGCCUUGGCAAGGUUUCGCCAAGCUCAACUUGAGGAAGGGAAAAUUAAGGUUAUUUGAAGCUUAUGAUAUGUCUCUGCUGAACAGGAGCGAAGACCUUUUCUUGCAUCAGAGUGUAAUGAGUUGCCGAAGGCUGAGAAAUGGAGACGACAGAUUAUUGGUGAAAUCUCCAAGAAAGUUGCUCAGAUUCAAAAUGAGAGUUGGUCCAAAAAUGCUAGAUCAUGAAGGAAAAGAAGUUCCAGGAAACAGAGGUUACAAAUAUUUUGGAGCUGCUAAAGACUUACCAGGUGUCAGAGAACUCUUUGAAAAGGAACCUCUCCCUCCUCCAAGGAAGACUCGAGCUGAGCUUAUGAAAGCAAUUGAUGCAGAAUAUUAUGGCUACAGGGAUGAAGAUGAUGGUGUCUUGGAGCCACUAGAACAGGAACAUGAAAAGGAAGUCAUAGCAGAAGCAGUGGAGAAAUGGAAACUGGAGAGAGAGGCACGACUUGCAAGAGGUGAUAAAGAAGAGGAAGAGGAGGAAGAAAACAUUUAUGCUGUCAAUGAUGAUGAGUCCGAUGAGGAAAAUGGCAAAGAAAAAGAAGGUGAAGAAGGCCAGCAGAAGUUUAUUGCUCAUGUCCCCGUGCCAUCACAGCAAGAGAUUGAGGAAGCUCUUGUCCGGAGAAAGAAGAUGGAGCUUCUUCAGAAGUAUGCCAGUGAAACUCUUAUGGCACAAAGUGAAGAAGCUAAAAGACUUCUAGGAUUGUAGUAUUUCUUCUCCUUGUAUUUUUUAAUCCUUCUUGAAGCAACAGUUUGACAGCAUUCUGACAGGCUCUUUGAUCUCUGUAGACUCAGGAAGCAUGUUGUUACAGAAACGUAAACACCAAGACAAAAGUGGCCUUUCUUGCAUCAUAUUCCUCAAAACAUUCCUUUCUUUUAGUAGACAGUUCUGUAGGUUUGUCUUCCUAUCUGUUCCAGCCUUGGGUUUUUCUCUGUUUCUAAAAUGCCAGCUAAAUUAAGUUGGUCUCCAUCUUUUCCCUGCUUGCUUUUGGUGGCUUCUGUUCCUUUCUCCAACUUCCCAUUUUUCUCAUGCUCAAUGCUGUAGUCACCUACUCCCUGGGUUGAACAACGUGUCAAAGUUUCCUCAUGCUUCAGAAAGAAACACAAGUGAUAUGACCAGCAAUCUGUCAGGCUUGUUCUCAAUUAGUAGAGUAGUCUGCUGCCUGUUAGAGAUGGAGACCAAUAGCAGUUUCCAUGGAAAUUUCAUAAAAAAUCAAAAUCUAAAAUUAUGAAGAAUUAAGUAUGUUUCUCUGCUCAAACUGCUGUUUUUUUAUAGCCUGCCUAAAGCUCUUAUCCAUGAAUGGCUUGUAAUGGUGCUUGGUUGGAUUGCUCAGGUGCUGGAUAUUUCAGCAACUACUGUAAAUAUACUUCUCUUUUGUAACGUGUUCAGAAUUUCUUAGUAAAACAUUUAUACAAACUGACUUCUUUCUUUAUUUUUUCAAGUGGGUUCCAAGAACUGUGCCCUUUUCAUAAUGAUAACUGGAGAAUGGAAAUAAUAAGUAGCCUGUUGUUUAAGGGGUUUGAUGUGCGUGUCCCCAGGUGCUCUCUUAGCUGUUGUAUUAUGGGACAAGAGAAGUCAGAGCUACUCAAACUAUUUUGAAUUUUAAAGAUACUAAAACUAAUACUGUGAGUUGUACAGAUGUGAAUGGCAAGUAAUUUGAAAUCACUGUUUAAGAAACAGAUGCUGUCUGCAGGGAGGUAUGAAACAAGUAGGUAAGGAAAUUCAGUUUCUGCAGGAAGCUACUUCCAGGAUCCACUGUACUGGACAUGAGAUGUCCUAAUCUAAAACUGAGUACGAUGAGAACUUGAGGACUUCACUCACGUCUUCAUAGUAUUGGUUGCAUCGUCAACUUGGUUUAGUCAA